UCCGGAAUUUGGGUGGUUCACGUAAAGAUAUUCAACAGGAACAUGCAAGCUGCCCAAAAGAAGACCUCCCCACAAGAAACUGUGUUGCUGAGACAUGCAAAACCCAAGUAUGAUUUCCAAGGAAAAAAACUCAACAAAAAAACAAGUAAACCCCAAACAUCCAAACCAGAAUCGAAUCAAGUCAGCUCCCUACCACCUCCCACACAGACAAUAGAAACUCAGCCAAACGUGUCAUCUAACAACCAACAACAAGUACAAUAUUUUGCCGAGCAUGACUUUAAAACUAAGACUGCUGGUGUUGUGAGGCCAGUAUCAGUUGUAAGUGCAGCCACACAGUUACCGGCUGUGCAGAGUACAGGUCAGACUAUCCAGCUGCCCCAGAAACCAAUACAGGUGAUAACACCCGUGCAGGGAUGUACGCCACAGCCCAGAGAGAGUCACGUACCUGUGCCCAACCCCUCCGCCACAAUUCUCCAACUGGAACAGGAACUAGGAUUGGUCAGGCCCAGCAAGGAUGAACAUGAACGACUGAGGCAGGAAAAUAAGCAUCUGAAACAGGAUCUAGAUGUACAACAUAAGGUGAAUACUGAACUGAAAAAGCUGCUGAUUGCGUCUGUGGGAGAAGACCUGGAGAGACGAGUGGAGAGGCUGGCACGGGACAAGGCGGAGUUGUCCAUGGAGGUCGGUGGAUACACCAGGAAGGUGACGGAGGACUACGAGAAUCUGGACAAGGUGUCUAUCCAGGCAGACAUGUGGCGCACCAAGUUCCUGGCCAGCAGAGUGAUGAUUGACGAGCUGGCCAGUGCCCGAGCAUUCUACUCGCUUCAGUACCAAGAGUCCCAGGAUGCAUUGCAACAGCUCCUCACGGAGAGGCAUGAGCUACGAGCAAAUUUGCUUGAGGCCAUGAAGUGUCUACAGCAAGUGAAAGGGGCCUUCGAUCCCCUGAAUGCCCACAAGUCGACAAGCCUGCCGUCCACAAACGUCAUCGACCUGGCCAGGAUGUCCCAGCAGCUGUCGGAGGCAAUCCGGUACCGCCUCCUCCCCGGCAAACUCAGCAUCCAGACCACCAUCAACAUCGAGGACCAACUGGAGAACUCCAUGACACAUGCAGAGAGCUUCGCACACCAGCUGGUUGCAAGACAAACCAAGUUGGAUCCGGUACAGAAGUCUGUGUCAGGGCACCUGUUUGGACCCGGACCUGGAACAGGAUCCCGUGUUCAGAGGUUCCAUCCCGACGCUCGCUACGACAACCUGACCGUCAACUGCUGCGCCCACUGCAAGGGUGACAUCAGCGUACUGUGAACAGUGAGGAGAGGAAACAGAGAAGAGGAAACGAACAAGAAACAUAAACAGAGAAUGAGAGAGAAACGUCACAAAAUCAUCCAACUGGAUGAUUUUACAAACAUGUAGUACUUAACUUCUGAUACAAAUAUUCCUGUCAGUGUUAUGGAGACCAUGUCAACUGUCAGUUUUUAAGAACCAACGUGAUCGGGUUGUCAGGCCAGCUGACUUGGUUGAUGCACGUCAUCGUAUCCCAAUUGUGUGGAUCGAUGCUCAUGAUGUUAAUCACUGGAUUGUCUGGUCCAGACUCGAUUAUUUACAGACCGCCGUCAUAACGCUGGAAUAUUGCUGAGUGUGGCGUUAAACAGAAACUCACUCACUGUGUUAGGGUGUGCUUCGACAUACCAGAUAAUAAGGGUGCAUGGUAAUAUCGGUAUGUCAGUAAAUUGAGGUUCAUUCUUUCCAAGAUACCUGUCACAAUAUCAUUUUAUAAUGCUUAGUAUACUAGGUGAUUUCAAAUAGCAAUUUUUAUCAUUUGUUUCAGGGUAUAAACUUGCCAAAAACCCGUAUUUAGUGAAUGAGUAAACAGCAUUUUGCUUUAUUCCAUUUAUAAACUUCAAUUCAUACACUGGUGUUUCAAGCUGCUUCUGAAUUCAAAUUUAGAAUUAUGCAAUAUAUCGUGAUACACAUCACAAUGUGACCUUGUGCAUUGUAAAAUAUUGUGAUACACUUUAAGCCUCCAAUACGGAUCCCUACAAGAUUCAAAUACUACCCCAGGGAAAAUACAGGACAAUGAGUAGCUUUUCUGGUUAUUCAGUUUUAUAUCAGUCAACUUCAGGGCCCUGUUCCACAAAGCAAUCGUAGCGCUAAGAUGAUCGUAACUCCCAUUCUUUAUCAUAGGCUUACGACAGGCAUAGCGCUACGAUCGCUUUGUGGAACGAGGCCCUGAAAUACUGUUGCUUCUAAAGUAUAUUUACACCGAGCCUCUGCUGAUACCCAAGCAAUAAUCAUAACAAAGCCAUGUUUACUUCCGUAGCAGGGUACCGUUGUACAAAACAACCUUAGCGCUACGACUGUCGUAAGUCUGUGUUAAGGUAUUGGAGUUACGAUCACCUUAGCGCUAAGAUCGCUUUGUACAACGGCACCCAGGUAAAUAACAUUUCUUUUGAUUUUCGGUGUUAACUAUGGUGCUAGGAGUGUGAUGACGGGAGAUGAUAGUUAACCCGAUGGGUUCUUUCUUCAUCACAUGUUUUUACCGGUAAUAGGAUUGAAAACAGAGAUCUUUUGUGGAUUGGAACCACGGACCUUCUGAUCCAAGCUGACAAGGUAAGGAUGUCAUCUGUGGGAUGACUCCACGCCCUGCUACAUAAAUAUCCUGAUAUAUUUGCUUUAAUUUUUAGUAACCAUGGUAACGGAUGCUUUACAAAAUACAUGUGCAAUCUAAUGUGCAAUUUGGAUUUCAGAUUUGAUUUGAAACAGUGUUACUGGAACUCUAUUUAAAUCUAUUUAUGCUUGAAGAAAAAGGAGCUCCAUCGUGUGUUGACCCUGGCGGAUCCCCUGUUUGUGUGAUUCCAGGUUAGAAUUGUUCCCAAGCAACUCGGCUUGUCUUACAAGACGACCAAGUAGAUGGAUGGACUAGAUGAUGCAUGGCAUCCUACCCCGAUACAGGGGACUUUGUCCUUGAUGUCAAUCGCUAUUGUUUCUGACUUGUUAUUUGCCGGCUGCUGUCACACACCUGGAAUAUUGCUGUCGCAUUAACAACAAACAAACCUUUCUACAAUUUGGUCAGAACUCCAUUUCUUUGAAACUAUAAAUAACUCCCUAUCUAUCGCAUGGUACCGCAGAUGUUUCCUGUAACAUGCUAGUCCCGAUGGAAUCUUUGCUUGUAUGACAUUGGGCAAGGAUACAAGACGAACAAGAUGUGGGAUAAGUGGUUUUGGAAACUAUUUGAUGGUAAUCCGAACAAUGACUCCUGAUGCAGUGUAUUCCAAUGUUCAUGAUGUUUAAGGUGGUUUGUAUAUACAGGGGAGGUAACUCCUUCAAGUUUAUGUCAUUAAGGAGUUUUGUGUAUAUACAGGGGAGGUAACUCCUUCAAUUUAAUGUCAUUAAGGUGUUUUGUGUAUAUACAGGGGAGGUAACUCCUUCAAGUUAACGUCAUUACGGUGUUUUGUGUCAAUGUUGUAAGUUGGUGACGGGUAUCUAACCCAUCUUCCUAAGGCAAGGGAGUUAACUGACUGUAAAGUCCAGCUUCCACCCUUGCCGAACUGGGCUGAUAUUAUGGACUUACAUUUUGGCUGGACUUAUGAGUCUAUGCAUAGUCCACUCAAAAUCUCAAAACAAAAUCAACAUCUGGUUCAUAAACUGCCGUGCAGAUUUCGGUCAAUUGCAGGAUUUGCAAAACAUGUGCACCAACAGCUUAGCAUCAACAGAUAGUUUCCAAAUUGAAAUAGGACCUGUUUUGAUUACAAUAUGGAUCUUGACUAUCGAUCAGAUCGUCUUCGCUGAUCAACGCCAUUAUAUUUGAAACAAUUGCAAGUGAUAGGAGAGGU